AUGGGCCCGCGCAAGCAGUCAGCCGGCUCUCCCGAGUCGUCGGCCGCCACCCGGACUCUGGUGCCCACCGUUUCGCCCGUGUCCCCCGAACUGCCCGUCUCUCCGGGGCAUGUCGUGGAGCCGCCGGGCAAGAACCUGUGGGAGCAGAUCUGCGAGGAGUAUGAAGCAGAGAUGCCUCCCUUUCCAGAGAGAUACAAAGUCAAACGAGAAGCUGUGAUGAAUGUUUCACCAGUGGCAGAAACGGUUUUCCAUGGCUUCCAUAGAGAGCACUUUUUUUCAGUUCCCCAUUUCACCACAGUCUCACAUACACCUUGUCCUCAGGUGAAAUCGAAAACAAUUGAUUCAAAAACAUGUUCUCCCAAAGACUACUUGGAAACUUUCAUCUUUCCAGUUCUGCUUCCUGGAAUGGCUAGCCUUCUUCACCAAGCAAAGAAUGAAAAAUGUUUUGAGAGGAAAAGAACGAAGUUCAUUGCCUGUGAUUUUCUGACUGAGUGGUUAUACAAUCAUAAUCCAAAGAGGAUAGACGAGCCAUUCACAGAAUUCUUCUCCAUUCCGUUUGUGGCCGAGUGGCUAAAGCAUCAUCCCCGGCCGCCAAUCCCACUGUCCCUCCUGCUGACGGAAGAGGAAGCAGCGCUCUUCAUUCAGUCCUUCUGGAGAGGCUAUCUGGUUCGCUGCGAUCCUGAGAUUCAGGAAUUGCGUCAGUGGCAGAAGAAACUGCGUGAGGACAAGCACAUUCGCCAGCGAGUCAAAAUUUUCUGGGCCAAACAAGAACGAAAAGGUCAGUUGCUUGAUUUACAGUCCUUAGUUGAUUCAGGAAAAGCCCAAUUCUUAUCCUAG